AUGGAAAAUUUUCGUCUACUCGGUGGGUCUGAAGGAACACUCCUAGUUGAAAGGAGCGGCCGAUUCUAUCCAGUAUGUGGGGCAAUGUUCAAAAGGAGUCAUCAACAGCGGUUAGCGAGCAGUAUUUGUCGUGAAUUGGGCUUCGGGGAGGUCCUUUUCGUCGGUAGCAAAGAAGAAAAAGACGAAAGUGAUGAGUAUGUAUGUGAGAAGUGGGAAAAUGCCUGCGAAAAGUGUCUUGAUUCGUUUCUUAUUGUUGGUGGGAAAUGCUCGAAAGAAAAGCACGAUAAGCCGUCUUCAUGUAGUUUCAAAUAUUCAUCACAAUAUGGCCAAGGAUCGUGCAUCAAGAAUAAGAAAAGACAGAAACACGGAGAAUGGUCGGACUGGAGUCAGUGCGAUCCGACUGAACAGUUCUUUCGUCACCGCUCCAGAGAAUGCCAGAAGGGUUCAAUUUGCAAAGGACACUGGCUAGAAAUGAGCCCAGGCUGCCGAUGCAUAGAGGACAAAGUGCUCUCGACUGAGAGUUCCUUCGACUACUACUCGUACGAAUCUUCUGAUUCCAGUUCAAUCGACAGCUCAACUUUGGAAGUCGCACUAGACAAUGCCGAUAAAGAAACAGAGGUUUUCGAUCCAUCCUAUUUGGACUAUUAUUCCGCGAGAGCUCCGCGACCACAAGUCGAAAAGAAAAAGUACAAAGAAUCAUUUUGUUACGACACACAUCUGUUCAAGCGGAGCAAAAGAUCACUUUUGUGUGAAUCGUCAACCAAAAGUACCACUACCCGUAUCAACAAAUCAACGAGCACAACGGCGACGAUGAAGCCGUUAGUUGAAGAUGACCUGUCGGAAAUAAGUGUGCAGCUGCGCCAUCCAGAAGUUCCAAUCAGUGAUGAAUCGCUCGAGCAAGGAGGAUUCAUGCUUGGAUUUUCUUUUGGGGAAAAUACUCUUCUUAUAGGAACGAUCUCUAUUGGUUUCCUUCUUCUUAUUCUCAUUGCAAUAGUCUACGUAUUACGAGUGAUUAAUAAGCCUGCUAAUAAGAGCGAAAGCGGAGAAGUUUCAGAAGACAAAAUUGACUCAAGAGAAGAAGGCGACGUAUUUGCUUGUCAAUAA